AUGUCUCUAAUCUCUCGAUGGAUCGAUAAUACUUUGGAAGCCACCGGCAUGGAUGCCGUGGAUGCUCUACGCGCGUUCUUCCUGCUGGCCGCCGCCACGAUGAACCCAACUAACGCCGACCCCUCUAUGCAGACCUUCUCGAUCAGCAUCCCAACCUCAUUGCGGUCCCGCUUCCUAGCUUAUGGCCCACGCUCGACCUCGGCCUCGACCUCCACUAGCCCUGCACCACCUAGCGCCCAGAACCUUUCCACCGAGAGCAAGGGCUUCCUUGACUAUCUCGCUACUUUGCAGGUGCCACAUAGCUACUUCACACAUUUCUACGUUGUAUCUGUCCUGUCAUCCGUUUUCUGGGUUGCGCAGUUACUCUCGCGGGGUGCGAUGUUCCAGGCCAUCGCAUCCCGCGUGAGCGAGGACCACCAACGGCACUCCAUGUCCCUGACUCAGUUGGUGAUAUGCUGUGUGCUGUUGGCUAUACAGGGAUCCCGGCGCCUAUGGGAGUGCUUUAUCUUUUCAAAGCCUUCGUCAUCGCAGAUGGGGUUUGCGCACUGGUUUUUGGGCUUGGGUUUCUAUCUAGCGGCAGGAAUUGCGAUUUGGAUCGAGGGCUCGGGCACUCUGUUGACCAAAAAACUGACCAUUGCUCAUUUGCAGAUGACCAAUGCCCCAAGUUUGCGGACUUUCGUCUUCAUUCCGCUCUUCCUAGUGGCGUCUGGUCUGCAGCACGACUCCCAUCACUACCUGUUCUCGUUAAAAAAAUACACCCUCCCGGAACAUCCCAUGUUUCGCGGGGUUGUCUGUCCCCACUACGGCGCAGAGUGCAUUGUCUAUCUAUCGUUGGCGCUGUUGGCUGCACCGCAAGGUGAAUGGGUCAACAAGACUAUGUUGUCUUGUCUGGUUUUCGUUGCGGUCAACCUAGGUCUGACAGCUCAGAAUACCAAGCAGUGGUAUGCGCAAAAGUUUGGCAAAGACUCGGUGCAGGACUGGUGGUUGAUGAUUCCUUAUCUCUACUAA